UGGUAUGUGAUGUUAAAACAAGAUACAGAUGUUUAUUGAUUGAUAUAAUACAACAACAGAAGAGAACAAUGAACAGACAACUUGUUCACCUACAGAACAAUGAGGACAGAUAUGAACAAUCAGCAAACAGAGCGGUACAAUUCCUCUUGUUUAUAAAGACCAGUCGUGUCCCCCAGAUAAAGAACAAUCCUAGUCAGUUAUUGAGUGUCAUCACAGAAAUCCAAAUGACAACAGGAAAACGACAAGUAGGAAUAGACGAGUGUGUGAAACUGAUGUCCACACCUGUAUUACACACGUCUGUCUGUGUGACACAUUGUGUUAGUUAUGUGUUACACAUAUCUCGUGUGAUGUCAGACCGGGUCUGGGUCUCUGAUUAUCACAUGCUCAUCUUGACAGACACAACAGGAGACACUAUACACCGUGUGACAGAUAUAACAACAUGGUAUGGAGGAGAAGGACAACACACAGUGAAUAGUUCUGGUGAACUGAUUUAUAUAAACAGUGGUGCUGACAUCAAAAAAAUGUCUACAGACAAUCAAACAGUCAUCAGACUGAUACAGAAAACAUCACCAUGGAGACCAGACUGUGUGUACCGGUCCCCGUCCACUGGAGAUCUGAUGGUCGGGAUGUAUAACACUAAUAAAGAUACAGGCAAGGUAACCCGGUACAGCAGUAGUGGUAAACACAUCCUGACCAUAGAACACGACAACACAGGUCACAUGCUGUAUUGUGGUCCUCUCUAUAUCACAGAGAACAAGAACGGUGAUAUCAUUGUGUCUGACUUGAUUGAUUAUAAGCGUGGUGCUGUAGUGGUGACAGAGCGCGAGGGGAGACAUCGAUUCUCCUACACAGGACCUCCAUCAGGAUCAUCAUUAAAUCCACGUGGAAUCUGUACAGACGCACUGUCACACAUUCUGGUGUGUGAUGAUAACACCCACACAGUACAGAUGAUUGACAAGGACGGUCACUUCCUAUCUCUGUUACUGACACCACAACACGGGAUACACACACCACGCAGCCUGAACUUUGAUGAUAAAACUCACCUUCUCUGGGUCGGAUCAUACAACACAGUGUCUGUAUAUAGAUAUCUACAGAGGAGGUACUCUCUGACUGACUAUCUAGACAGUGAGGAAGAGCACGCCAGGGGAAAAUCUUACCCUGAUGACGCGGAUGCCAGGGGAAAAGCUGAUGACGAGGAUGUCAGUGGAAAAUCUAACACUGAUGACAAGGACGCCAGGGGAAAAUCUGACACUGAUGACAAGGACGCCAGGGGAAGAUCUGACUCUGAUGACGAGGACGCCAGUGGAGAAUCUGACUCUUAUGACGAGGACGCCAGGGGAAAAUCUGACACUGAUGACAAGGACGCCAGGGGAAAUUCUGACACUGGUGAUGAGGAUGCCAGGAGUAAAGCUGACCCUAAAACAUGUUGCCAGCGGUGUAUUUUGGUGUAGAUGUGACAUACGAUUGUUAUUACCAUUCCUUCAGCCAAUAAAUAUGAUCUACAUUUCUUAAUCUAGUGAUGGUGUACAUUGAUUACAUUUCCUCAUCUAGUGAUGGUGGACACUGAUUACAUUUAUCAGUCAGUGAUGGCAGACAAACAUUAAUGUUGAUCAUUGUAGCAAGUAUUCGUGAUUUUGUGUUGAUUAUAACCUCCAUGUGAUUCAUUGAUCAAACCUUCAUUUUCACACUUUAUAUAGUAUAUAUUGACUUGGUGAGAUACAUUUUGUAUAUAAGUUUUAUGAUGUAAUUUUUUGUAAAAGAAUUUUCAAUCAUAUAAAUGUUUUAGAUAUUUUCUAUCUGUAUUAUGCAUGUCUCCUAAAAAAAAAAACAAGGUACGAUUGUGUACAUAAAAAUACCC